ACCCUUGCUCUCUUCUCCUCCCUCACAACAACCAUGGCUGCUUCAGAGUGCCCCGUGAAGAAGGCCAACAUCGGCGGCGGCGGAACCAGGAACCGCGACUGGUGGCCCAACGACCUGCGCCUCAACAUCCUCCGCCAGCACACGGGCGUGACAAACCCCCAGAACAAGGAGUUCGAGUACGCUGCGGCGUUCAAGAGCCUCGACUACGAUGCCAUCAAGAAGGACCUCACCGACCUCAUGACCAACUCGCAGGAGUGGUGGCCUGCUGACCACGGCCACUACGGUGGUCUGUUCAUCCGAAUGGCCUGGCACAGUGCCGGUACCUACCGCGUCACCGAUGGCCGCGGUGGAGGUGGUGAGGGCCAGCAGCGCUUUGCGCCCCUCAACAGCUGGCCCGACAACGUCUCGCUCGACAAAGCCCGCCGCCUUCUCUGGCCCAUCAAGCAAAAGUACGGCAGCAAGAUCUCGUGGGCCGACUUGUACCUGCUCACCGGUAACGUCGCCCUUGAGUCCAUGGGCUGCCCGACCUUCGGCUUCGCAGGCGGCCGUGCCGACACAUACGAGGCCGACGAGUCGGUCUACUGGGGUGGUGAGACCACAUGGCUGGGCAACGACAUCCGCUACGACAGCGGCAGGGAGGGUCCCAGAGGCGGCGGCGGCGGUGUUGUCGAUGGCGACGAGGGUCCCAAGAAAGACCACGCAGACAUCCACUCGCGCAACCUCGAGGCGCCAUUGGCCGCCGCCCACAUGGGUCUCAUCUACGUCAACCCAGAGGGCCCCGAUGGAAUCCCUGACCCCGUCGCUUCUGCCCGCGAUAUCCGCACCACCUUUGGCCGCAUGGCCAUGAACGACGAGGAGACCGCUGCCCUCAUCGUCGGUGGACACACCUUCGGUAAGACGCACGGUGCUGCCAGCUCCGACAACAUCGGCCCUGAGCCUAACGCUGCUCCUCUCCACCAGCAGGGUUUCGGCUGGAAGAACAAGCACGGCAGUGGCAAGGGCCCUGACACCAUCACCUCCGGUCUUGAGGUCAUCUGGACUUCUGAGCCCAACAAGUGGACCAACAAGUACCUUGAGUACCUCUACAAGUACGAGUGGGAGCUCACAAAGAGCCCAGCUGGCGCCAACCAGUGGGUGGCCAAGACCGAUGACGAGAUCAUUCCGGACGCGUUUGACCCCAACAAGAAGCACAAGCCGCGAAUGCUCACGUCUGACUUGGCCCUGCGCUUCGAUCCUACCUACGAGAAGAUCACCCGUAGGUGGCUCGAUCAUCCUGACGAGCUGCACGACGCCUUCACCCGUGCCUGGUUCAAGCUUCUUCACCGUGAUAUGGGCCCGCGAUCGCGCUGGCUCGGCCCGGAGAUUCCCAAGGAAGUGCUCAUCUGGGAAGACCCCGUGCCGGACGUUGACCAUCCGCUCAUCAACGACACCGACAUCACCGAGUUGAAGAAGGAGAUUUUGGCCACCGAUGUGGAGCCAACCAAAUUCAUCCGUGCUGCCUGGGCUUCCGCCUCCACUUUCCGCGGUGGUGACAAGCGCGGUGGUGCAAAUGGCGCUCGCAUCCGCCUCGACCCCCAGAUCAACUGGAAGGUCAACAACCCUUCAGACCUCAAGAGUGUUCUUUCUGCUCUCGAGGGCGUUCAGAAGAAAUUCAACGGCUCCGCACCUGGCGGUAAGAAGGUCUCAUUGGCCGAUUUGAUCGUCCUCGGUGGUGUCGCUGCGCUCGAGAAGGCUUCCGGCCUGCCCGUGCCUUUCACCCCUGGCCGCACCGACGCUUCGCAAGAGCAGACCGACGCCCAGUCCUUCACACACCUCGAGCCCGUCGUCGACGGCUUCCGCAACUACGGCGUCGGCACCAACCGCGUCCGCACUGAAGCCUUCAUCGUCGACAAGGCGCACCAGCUCACGCUCUCCGCUCCCCAGCUCACCACCCUCAUCGGAGGUCUCCGCGCCCUCAACGCCAACUGGGACGGAUCUUCCUACGGUAUUCUCACCAAGCAGCCCGGCAAGCUCACUAACGACUUCUUCGUCGAGCUCCUCGAUAUGAGCACCGAAUGGACCCCCACCGACGGCUCCGAAGAGUUCUUUGAGGGUAAGGACCGCAAGUCCGGCUCCAAGAAGUGGACUGCUACGCGCACCGAUCUCAUCAUUGGCCACCACCCCGAGCUCCGCGCCGUUGCCGAGGUGUACGCCGCUGCUGACGCUGAGGAGAAGUUCAAGAAGGACUUCAUCGCUGCGUGGGACAAGGUCAUGAACCUGGACCGGUUCGAUGUUAGGAGCACCGCCGGUGUCGAGAAGGCGAGAUUGUAGAUGCAUGCAUGUAGUUAUGACUUCCACUGCGGGAUACGACUAAAAUGAAUACAAUUCCACUUCCA